GCCCAGCUUCGCCCACAGGCGGCGAUACCGUGCGCCGUUCUUCAUGAUGUCGUCUGUCAUGUCCCGUGUUGUGGAACGACGCGUUGUGAUUCUUUCGCAGCGAAACGCGUCCGUUCGUCACUGAACAGCGAUAUUGUGGAUGCGCGGCAGCCCGUCGCAGUGCUUCACACGUCGCACAUCCGACUUAAAGGUACGAGGCCAGCCUCCAGAAGCGCUUGCCAAGCCCUGCCACGGUCCACGUCGCUCAUCGUGAUGAGAUUUCGGCCUUCCUCUUUCGAUUCAAGCAGCAGAGUAUCAUGUAAUGGGCCACUCAAUGAGUGAGUGAACUGGCUUUUCAAGUGCGGGGUGUUGGUCGUCGUGCCGGCUUGGCUUGACCCGAGGCCAUGGCCUACCUCGAGCUGAACGUUGAGCAGGUGAACCAGGCGGCCGAGCUGCUCCCUUAUGAUGCCCAGGAUAUCGACCCCUUGGCCAGUGUUGUCGAUCCGCGACUCGACAUCCGCUCCUCCAAGUCUGCCACGGCUGGUUCCAAUGUACCUUUCCUAGCCGAGUCUGAGCAGAGCCGACGAUCCAGUGUGGCUAGCUUGGCAGGAAGCACGACGGGCAAGGCCCAGGCGCCACCUGGGCCGCCCGCAGACGCUGUCGGUCUACCCACCAAUGGAACCGAGCAGCCGCCAGCAGUUCUACCUGAUGACCCAGUCUAUCCAAACAUCUCUCCCCGGGUAGCAGAGUACGUGGCGACUGAGAAUCCGACCCUGUGCACCCAGGUGGCUCAGUGCAUUGAGAAGCACUCACGGGUGCACUCACCACGCAGAGGGCACACUGCUCCGGCCUCCUCCACGACUCCCCGUUCGCCACUCAAGUGCAUGGCCCAGGCAGCCGAUGCUCUCUCAGUCCAACAGUCCACCAUCGGUGUCCCUCUGAAGCCAUCUGUGCCAACUAAAGCAAUCUAUCAGGAGCUGGUUGAGUAUCCGCCGGAAAGCAUCGUGGCCUCUGUGGAUGAGCGCACCUCCUGGCUUCGCACCAUCUUGAGCGCUCCAGCUGCCACUGGAAAUCACGUGCAGUCUUCCCAAAACGGGCCCACUAAGUCUAGCCCCCUGCUUCGCAACCAGUGCACCAUCACCAGGAGAGAGCUCCCUUCCGUGCACAACUGGAGGCGGCCGUCUGAGGAGCCGGGCUUCGACGCAGACAACUUCGAUUCAGCCUCUGUCUGCUCCGAGACCGAGUCAAACCUGUCAUGGGUCAGCGAUGUCGAUGACGAGAUCAGGAUGCUCAAGUCCAUGAUGGUGCCGCGGGCAUCCCAAUUCGCCGUCCUCGCUGCCAGAGAGAAGACAGUGGCUGCUACACAGACUGACCUGCUGUCCUCAACCGGGAGUGUCAUGGCUCACGUCGGCGUUGAAACGGACGAGACGGACCACUUCGCACUGCUAAAGGAGAAGGCCCAUCUCGAGGGCGAGCUGGACAUGCUCCAGGGUGAGCUGGGCCGACUGGUCCAGGCCAAAUCGGAGCUGAAGACGCAGGCAGCAGCAGCGGAGGCCCGCUGCCAGAAGCUCGCGGAGGAGAAGGAUGCAGCCGUGCAGCGAGAGGCUGGCCUGCAGCAGGAGCUGCAGACUCUGAAGAUGGAGUCGGUGCGCUACGGGCGCGUGGUGGGCGACUACGACAGCCUGAUCCAUUCCAAGGAAUCCGAGACGGGUUUCCUCCACGACGAGGCUGCGGUGCUCUCGAACCAGAACCGUGAACUGAAGGUCGCUGUGGAAGAGCUGAAGGUGGACCUGGAGUCACGGUGUGGGGCCAUUGAGGGACUCAAGAAAAAGAUUGCCGAGCUGCACGUCGAGAGCCAGUCAGCCGUACGCGCUCGGGCCCAGCUGGAAGCCGAGAACACUAGCCUUCGCAACCAACUGCAGGUCAUCGAGAAAUCGAAGGACUGGUUCCGGGACCAGCUCCACGAGAGUCAGCAGGGCAGGAACCAGCUGCACAAGGAGCACGUGGCCACUCAGGCUGAGAAGAUCUCGCUAGAGAGCUCGGCAGAGAUGCUCCGAGCCGAGAACGCACGCCUGGCCCAGGAGCUGUUGGAGGCUCGGCAGCGCUCUGUGCGCGACAAGGAGAGCCUCAUGAAGAGGCUUGAGGACAUCGAGGCUGACCUGCUCGAGAGGGAGGCCAUGUUGUCUCGUGAGGCUGCUGCUGCACAGCCUCAACAGCCCGUUUCUGAAGCUGGCGACCUCUCCAGCAAGUUCCGCGUGGCCGAGUUGGAGGAACAGCUGCGUUCGACCGAGUCGAGCCUGGCCGAGCGGUCUGCAGCCCUGUCAGCUCUGGAGCGGGAGCGCACGGAGCUGGUGACGGAAGUUCAGCGACUACGGCUGCGGCUAAGCGACAGCGAGCUUGGCCGGCGUAACCAGGACGAGCUGUUGCGGGAAGGGGUGCAGAAGGUCCGGCGGCUGCAGACGGAACUGGCAGCCAGCGAGGAGCUAGCCACGGAACUGCGCAGCCAGAAGGCGGCCCUGGAGGUGGCCCUGGCUGCAGCCAACGAGGACAAGCGCGUUGUUGGGGAGUCGCUGGGCACCCUGACUGAGAACUUGGCACGGCUAGAAGGCAACUUCAAGCUCAUCCGUACUGAGCAGGUCGCCAAAACGGCACAGAUUGAUCAGCUGCAACGAGAGAAGGCCUCGCUCGGUGAGCGCCUCUCAGAGGCUGAGACUGCACUGUCAUUGGCUAGGAAGGAACUCGAGUCCCGUUCAAACGCAAGGUCCCAGGCGCAGGCCAUGGAGGCAAGCCAGCUGCGAAAGCAGUACAGUGACCUGCAGAAUGUGUUGCGUCUUCUGGAGGCUGAGCUCAAGAAGGCUGCCGCCGAAGCCAGGGAGGCAGCCACACAGCACGGUGUGGACAAGGAGAAACUGCAGCAGUCGGAGGAGCGGCUGGAACAUGCCGAGGCUCAGCUGGAGACCAUGGCACAGCGCAAUGCCGUCCUGCAGAGCCAGCUGCAGGAGUCAGCCCAGCGGUUGGUCCGGGAAGAGGCCCGCCGGGUGGCCAGCCUCCAGGAGCAGGCGCAGCUGCACGACCUGUCCACAUGGGAGACACGCGUCCGGGAACUGGAACAGACGCUCGCCACACGCGAGAUGGCCAGCAGGGAGCAGGAACGCAUGCACAAGUCCAACAUUCGUCUGUUGACGCGCAAGCUCCGCGAGAAGAUGAAGGAGCUCAAGCUGGCCCAGGUGCAGCUGGCCAAUGCGGCCAAUGCUGAGUCACAACAGCGGGAGGACCAGUUGCGGCGGCAGGACCAGAAACUGGUCAACCAGGAAGUCCAGACCCUGGAACAACCGCAGAGAGCAAGUGCCGAGGCUCAGACCGAUGAGGCGGCAAAGACUCAGGAGGAGCAGACAGAGCUCGCCGAAAAGAACCAAGAACUGCUGCUGCAGCUGGAAAGGGAACAAGGACGGCUCGCAGGUUCCCUGAAGGCACAGGAGGAGCUGCGUGCCUGCGUGGAGCAGCUGGAGCAGCAGCUGUCGGCGCAGGGUGGCCACAUGGCUGAGCUGCAGUGCCAGCUGGAGCAGGUGCAGGGGCGCGCUGACCAGGCGCAGGCCCUUCACCAGACAUCAGUGGCUGACCUCCAGCGAGAGCUGGAGAAAGAGCGCACGCUGAGCAAGGAGUUGCGGCAGAGGAUCUUUGAGGAGAAGCGGCGUGGGGGCCAGCUGCAGCGGCAGCUCUCGAGCCUGAAGCAGGGUCUGUCGGAGGCGAGCCAGUCGGCAGACGCAGGCCGCCUGAAGGCCCAGACCCAGGCCGAGCGGGCGCAGAGUCUCGAGUUGCAGCUGCGGGAGGCACAGGGGCGGCUCGAAGCCCUCCGGGGGGACCUGGCUGCUUCCCAGGCGGCCAGGCAGGAGCUGGAGGCUAAGCUGCGCAAUGCUCACGAAAGGGACCCCGCCCUCGAGCAACAGAUGAAGUUGCUGAGCUGGAAUGUGAAGGAGAAGACCCAGGAAGUGGCGGCACUCCAGGAGCGCGUGCGCCUGGCCGAGACUGCCCACCAGGCUGAGGUGAUGGGGCUACGCAGGCAGCUUGAGGAGGCCCAGCAGCAUCACUCCAACCUGUCGGCCGAGCUGAUGUCGGUGCGCAAGGAGAAGUUCACCUUCCAGGCCAGGCUGCAGGAGCUCAAGAAUGUGCUGCGCUCGCGCAUGGAGCAGUGCAAGGAGCUUCAGAGGCAGCUCACGGAACUGGCGGAGACCACCGAGUUUGCCCUGCCCAACGUCACACCAGACUACGAUGAUUCAUACAUCACGGAAUUGCUCCAGCAGUGUUCUUCACAACCGACCAGCAGGCCACUGGGGAGCCUCCAGGUGUGCCUCGACUCGCUCAAGCAGGACUUGAACACUCUUCACAGCCAGAUUCGGCAGAAUGUGGAACUUCCUAAGAAAGAACUUGUGACCUGAAGACUGCUGCAACCGCCUGGAGCGCACAUCAUGGUCUUCCAUCGCAGUGACUGAUGCCAAAGAAUGAAUGCCUUUCAAGGAGGAGGAGUGUGCUUGAAGAACCAGGGAUAUAAAACUUUCUAGUGUGUCGUGACCAUAUAAUCAUUCUGGUGUUGGGUAUCUUUUCAGUAAGCUGCCUCCUUUAUGUAGUACAUUUUUUUUGUUAUGUGCAUUUAUGUAUGUCCCCUUUUUUUUGUUACAUAUUAUACUGUCAAAGUAUUGUUAACAUUCUUUUUCUUUUCCACUUUUCGAGGGCAGUUAAUAGAAAUGGAACAGGGUGAAAUGAAACUAAAAUGAAACUAGGCUUUUAGUGAGAAGGCUCUGUUGUUUGUCUUGUGUGUGGAGGAUGCCGACUGUGCUGGAGAAUGAUAAGUGUAAGUGAGUGAGUGUGUUAUGUGUGUGUGUGUGUAGACCUGGGGCCAUUUUCUGAGUCAUUCAAUAUUUAAUAUCUAUGCUAUCAUUUUUGCAGAGCGUUUUGACCGGUGGAGCGAAUACUCGGUGAAGAGUAUUCAAAGGAUUUUUCUUGAUAUAUCAUAUCAUGUGCAAUAUGCCGAGUAUAUUCGUCAAUAUUUUGAUUGGCCAUCGGUUAUAUUUUCCAGGAUGUUGUUGUGGUCCUUUUGAAAAUGGCCAUAGGAAAGCAGUGAUUAGUGGAGGCAAGUUUAUCCUUGGCUGGGUGAAUCUGUAUAUUCAUGGUGCACAAGAAACAGCUGACUGCCUGACCACUGCAAGAAAAGAAAUACAAGUCACUUCUGUUUGUUAGCUGUUUUAAUCAGUUUGUUAACACAUUCUGUUCAUCAGAUGACAACUGUAUUGACAUAUGUAUUGGCAAAUUUAUUGAUAACUGGUGUUGGUGAGGAGGGCACCUACCAAAAAUUUUUUCGUUAGGGCCAGUUUUGGAUGACGGUUGAGCCACGUUGGAUUGCGAAUGCUGAUAUCUCAGCAGGUUUUCUCUCUCAAAGCUGGCAGGCACGUUAUUUACUCUUUUCACUUUAUUAUUACUAUCUUUUAAAUUGUUGUCUUCGAUUUCAUUCUAGACAUUCUGAUUUGAAGUCUUGUAAAUCUGGUGCCUUGUGUGUUCGUCUUGAAUGGAGUGAUAACUGCAUGCUCGGGAGUUAAAACUAUGAACCAGUGCUGCAGAUUUAUGCAAGUGCUGUCUCGUGCCGCAUGGUAAUGAGUGGUUCCUGCCUGCAAUGUUCAUGCCUCUCGCGCACGUACGGGAAGUCGCAUUCUUGUUCUAACAAAUUUGAAGCAAGAGUCCGCACUUACUGCUGCUACGUUUUCCAAUAUUAGAUACAUUUGGUUUUCACUUGCCCAGCUCAUCUAGAAAAAGAAAAAAAAAAUGAAAACUUUCAUUUUGUGUGCAUUGCGCCAUCAGAACAGCGAGUUGCUAUAAAGCGUAGACUGGUUCUUGCUGUGUCUCAGCAACUCAGGGUCUGCGAAACUCAAGCAAAUGCAUUUGGUUGAAUGACACAGGCAAAAAAAAAAAAAGAAGGUCUUGUUACAAAAUUUCGCCAGGAACAGUCGGCAAGCACAAGAUAAUCUUUUUUAAUGUUCAUGUUUGGCAGGAGCUAAAAGUAUGGAAUAGAGAUGAAAAAAAGCUUUAAAAUUGUUAGAAUAAGAAUUCAAGUCACUGUAUGUGUAAGUGACAUGCUGUAAUAGUUGACUGAGCGCAGCUGUUGGUGGGGGAGGGCUUUUUUGCCUGGCUUGUGUGAUGUGCUUUUCCAUCUUCAGCCAUGAGUUUAGACAAGCCUAAAAAAUGCCUUUGCUCAGCACAGUUAAUCUAGAAAUGUAUAAUUGUGUAGUGAUUUCCAUUGCUCUAUCACUGAAACUGAAUCAUCUCCGAGUGUUUAUAGCUGGAGGCGAUGCUGAGGUGUAAAUGUCAAGAUUGCAAGUGCCGGCCACUCAAGGCUGCCUUGAUGUUUCCAGUGUAGAACGGGAACUGCUGAAGAUGCUCGUGCAGUUGAACCCCGCUAUAAUGGAUGCAAAUACAGUUUAACCUUGAUAUAAUGAACUUCAAUAUAGUGAAAGUCUUUAUAUAAUGAAGUAUUGAACUCUCUAUAACUUAUUCUCCAGAGAACACCAUGUAUUUAGAACCUCAGUAUAACGAAAUGCGUUUGUACACAAGUUCAAUAUAACGAAAUGUCACUGCCGCCAUGAAGGGAUAGCGAGACAAUAAAUGUAAGCUUCCGUGACUGCA